GGUGGACGUCUGCGAUUAUUGACAAACACAGUGGUGGUAGGUCCUUUGUUUUGUUACGGCAGGUCGAAAACCGAGGACUGUAGGGAUGCUGUUUAUCGGAAUGGUUUGCUGAAUUAUUAGUGGAUUCACAAGACCGGGCAAUCCUAGAUGCCCCAAUAUAUUCUGCAGCGGCGUCAUCUGUUGAGUGUCACUCUGAAGGACACGGAGGUGCAGCAUACUUAGCACAGAAUCAUCAUGUCAUCGGGCAGGGCCUACGGCACCCUCAACAAGCAAGUGGCGCUCGCCAGAGGUUUGGGCGCCGCAACACCGUUGCCGGUGGGCGCCAAGAUGAAGGAGGGCCGAGAUGAACGGCAACCGCUGCUGCCUACCACAGAGCCACUCAAUGACAGCUAUGAGAAACGUGCACUGGCUGCACCCCCACCACCUCCACGCGCUUCUCCAGACAGCGUGCUGGUCCACUUGCCUGGCCAGAUGGAGGCAGAUGGUGGCGUCAGCAGCCCAGUAGGCACAGAUGGCGGCAAGCCACCACUGGAGCCAACACUUGGCGAUGGGGACUAUGACCCACUGCUGCAGAGGGAUCUGGAACACCCCACCUCUAAUUUGGAUACAAUGAUUCACUUACUGAAGGGAAAUAUAGGCACUGGAAUUUUAGCUAUGCCAGAUGCAUUUAGGAAUGCUGGGCUUGUUGUGGGAACAAUUGGGACUCUCUUGAUGGGGGUGAUCUGCACUCACUGUAUGCACAUGUUGGUGAAAUGCUCUCAUGAGCUGUGCAGAAGGAAUCAAGUACCAUCACUGGGAUUUUCUGAUGUAGUUGAAACGUCAUUCCAAACAGGACCACAACCUCUUCGGAAGUACUCAAGCUAUGCCAAAGUUAUGAUAAACGUUUUUCUGUGUAUAACACAACUUGGGUUCUGCUGUGUAUACUUUGUAUUUGUGGCAGCCAAUUUGAGAGAUGUUAUGUCAUAUUACUUCAAGUGGCAUCUAGGAAUUGAUGCAUAUCUUCUACUGUUAUUGAUUCCCAUGAUAUUUCUAAACUGGGUGAAGAACUUGAAGUACCUCACACCAAUAUCAUUGUUUGCUGCCAUUGUUACUGUGACUGGCCUGGGAAUUACAUUCUUCUACAUGCUACAAGGGCUACCUAGAACAUCAUCUGUCAAAGCCUUUGCUACAUGGAAACAACUGCCCCUUUACUUUGGAACUGCCAUAUAUGCAUUUGAAGGAAUUGGUGUGGUCCUUCCUCUGGAAAACAACAUGAAAACCCCUCAGGAUUUUGGUGGGUGGACUGGAGUUCUAAAUACAGGAAUGGUUAUUGUAGCAGCUUUGUACACAUCAGUUGGAUUUUUUGGGUACCUAAAGUAUGGAGAAAAAGUUAAAUUGGGAAGCAUCACUUUGAAUCUGCCGCAAAGGGAUUUGUUGGCACAGUCAGUGCGACUGAUGAUGGCAGUUGCCAUUUUCUUCUCCUAUGGUUUGCAGUUUUAUGUUCCAAUGAGUAUUAUAUGGCCUUUGAUUCGACCUCGGCUGGAAACUGAGAGAGCACAAAUGCUGGGAGAGUAUAUUUUACGCACAGUGUUAGUUAUUUUCACUUUUUGCCUCGCUAUUGCUAUUCCAAAUCUUGGAGCUGUCAUCUCGUUGGUCGGCGCAGUCAGCAGUUCCACAUUAGCUCUCAUAUUUCCUCCUCUUAUAGAAAUUCUUACCUUUUGGCAUGAUGAUCUUGGAAGAUAUAACUGGAUACUCUGUAAAGAUAUCUGCAUUAUGAUAUUUGGUGUCUGUGGCUUUAUGUUUGGGUCAUAUGUUAGUAUUGCCAACAUAAUUUCACCAGAAGAAUGAAUAGUCUUCCAGUCACAAAUUAUCAUCAUGAUAUACCACAGUUAUACAACAGAAAAACAAAUUUGUUGUCAUAAAGCAAAUAUAAAUUUGUUUUGGAACAAAUUCACCUCUGUUGUAAUAAGUUUACAGAUGUUAAUAUUGUGCAGUUUUAUACACUUCAUGAAGUUUUAUUGAUAUCAUACGGUACUAUGAAAAACAUUUAGAUAUUUUAUAAGGAAGUUUACUGUACAAAGGAAGUUUAUUUUUGUAACACCACAUUUUUCCGGAAAAAAUGUGGUUGUUGUUGAUACUUGAACAUAUUUAUUAUUUAUUUUUAUUUACUUGUCUAUGGCAAUGUAAAUUGUAAAUACUUUGUGUAUAUUAAUAUGUUACCCUGUUUUAAUUUCAAUAUUACUUCUUCGAUGACAACUUUAACAAAUGUAAAAUGUAUGUGAUAAAAUGGUUUUUAGGAAAAUAAUGCUUCUAAGAAUAUAUUUCUGUUCAGAAUAUACUGACAGAUUAUUUCUUGCAUAAGAUAGCAAGACUUUUCUGUAUCUUCCAAAGACCUGUGAUAUUACUGACAAGAUUACAUUAACUUAUUUUGUAAUGAGCUUUCAAGUUCAGGGUUUUAAAAUAUGUUAGUAGCACAUUGAUGAGACAAAGAACAUUUGGCCACAAUUAAAAAAAAUAUUGACACUUUUAUUUCAAAAAUAGAAUAGUGAAUGUGAAUACUGAAUGUAAGAGGAACAGAUGAAAAUGAGCUUCCAUGUGUUACAAUAACAACUGUCAGAUUAGCUAUGAUACUAAUAGAACCAGUUGCCUUUUUAUGGUAAUAGUGUUUAUAUGUGACUUCAAAGAACACAGUUUUGCAUAAUUAAAUGCCAAAGAUAUUUGUGUUAUUUUAUGGUGCAGUUAAUGCAAAAAAUGUACAAAUGAGCAAUGCUAAUUUGUAUACCUGAAUCUAUUGUUCAGCUGUAAUUAUCUGAAAAUGCACAAAUCGAUGCUUGAUGUAUGGCACAUGUACAUAAGUGGAUGUUAUAAUGUGUACACCUAACCUGCAAUAGCAAACUGUAGAUACGCACAGCUAAAUUGCGAAUCUUAUCAUAAUUAUGUAUUUAUUAAUGAGCUGUACAUCUGAAGAGACAUGUUAACAAGAGAUGUAAGAGCAUAGACACUCUUUGUGCUGUAAAUGUCUCAUUGUCAAGGAGCUGUAUGCACGAUGUCUCUUAAGUAUAUAAUGACUUUCUCUGUGGAGAAAAUUAUUUUAAAACAAAAUACUGCCUUUUGCCAGUAAGUAUUAUUUUAACUUAAUUUUUUAUGUUUUGUAAUUUAUGUAUUAUUUAUGCAUGUUUUACAUGUACUUUUUGUGGUGCUCCAUUGUAUAACCAAGAUGAUCAAAAAGUCAGUAAUAGCAUUUUUUUAAUCUUCAAGAUAUGGAACAGCAUUUCUCCACCACACUGUAUUUAGCCUGCAAAAUUUGAACAAUAGGUUAUUAACUCAUUCUGUUUUAUCAGUGUGGGCUUGGAGGAAAUGGAUAUGUAUGUGUCUUAAAUGAAUUGUUGCACAACAACAGAUAAUUAUCAUUGAGCUUGGAAAAAGCUAAAUAAACUGACAAUAAUUUGUGAAAA